AUGAAACCAUCAAGGAUUGUCUUAUUCGUUACAGCUACAAUAUGCUUAACAUUAUCUAGUUCCGCUCAACAAAUGCCUAAUCAAAAUCCGGUGCCAUCAUCAAACCAGCAAAAUCUUAAUCCAGGACAAGAAGGUGCCAAAAUUUUUACUGGUCGAGAAAUCAAUUCAGGAUAUGUAAACUUGGUACCAUUUGGACCUGAAGCGGGUGACCAAAAAGUACAUCCAGGGAUGCUUACUUCCGGACAAACGAUAAAUUUGCACAUGUUUUUUCCAUUCUAUGGUGGUUUGUAUAAUUAUUCAGUGCUUUCGGUAAAUGGAUACAUUGCAUUUGCAACUGUAUUGGAUCAAGGUCCAACAAUAAAUGUUGGCGUCGAAUCAACUAACUGGCCACAACAGCAAGAUCCGGCAAUGAUUGCACCAUAUUUAUGUAAACAACAGAUAGUGCAAAAUCCAAGCCCAGGACUGAAAACCGGUGUUUACUAUCGUUUAAUGCUACGACAGUCAUUAUUUGGCCGUGGUAGUAAUGUCAACAUAUUUGGUGGUACCAUGGAACAAACAAGUUUCUUUAGACAACCAGCCAGUCAAGCUUGUCCGAGUACAUCUGAUUCAUAUGUGCAUUGUGAUCAUAAUAGUGAUUAUUUCCUCGAUCAAAUGAUGCAUUGGCUUCAAGAAGGAGUUGCUGGUGCAGCAGCAUUUCGUGCAGACGCAGCAUUGGUAGUUACCUGGUACAAUACAGCAUCAGCUAUCGUUGGUCGUUCUGAUAUAGAUGCCGGUCAAUUAUCAACUUAUCAGGCAAUUUGGUUAACUGAUCAGCCUGGUCGAUUGAGUUAUGUUAUCUUAAAUUACGACAAACUUGGAUUUGAUGCUGCCGAUUUUCGGAUGAAUUCUAGAAGUGGUCGUUGUCAAGCCCUUUUUAACGGUGGUAAUCAUACUGGUAGCGUACCAGUGGAUCCAACAUUCAUGUACAAAAAUACACCAACAAUAUUGGCACAACGCUCUGGUGUGCCUCAUAUGGUUCGUGGACGGUAUAUGUUUCGUGUUGACGAUGUUGUUCGACCAGCUGGAUGCUCUAAUAAAACUGGUGGCACAUAUCCAAUGUUGAUAUAUCCAAAUAUAGCCAACAUGUUGGGAGAAACAAGCGUGGAUGUGAAUGCUUUGUGCUUGGAUCAUAGUCAGACAUACGUUUUGAUGAUUGAGCAACGUCAAACGGCUUCAUGUACCGUAAUUAAUUCAGCUAUUGCUCGCUGUCAUCUUCCAAAAGUUUAUGAUUGGGGCACUAAAACGGUUUAUUUCCAACCACAGUCCGGAUCUCAGCAAGAAGAUAAAGCAUUCGUUGGAUAUAUUUAUUUCGUGCCACCAACGCUAGAUCCAAUGCGUCUGGAUAUUGGUAAUGUAUAUGAAUGGUUCAGAAAUCCGAUAUUACAAACGGUGAUGCCAGUAACGUGGUAUCCACGCAAUUUCACAAAUCCAGAUCUUGAUUACAAGGAAUAUAGCACACGAAUAAGUGACGAUCAACUGUACUCUGUACAACUUGGUUUAUAUGUCAUAGGCUACAGAGAAGCAGCUGAUGAUCAGAUUAAGAAAUUCCGUCCGGAACAUCGAGUUUUAUGCCGGUUAACAACAUAUGCCAAUCGAAAUUCACCAGAAUAUCGCUGGAAGCCACAGGAAGAGAAAAUCAAUUUAUAUCAGGUUGAAAAAUGGUAUCUAUCAGAUUGGGAGCGAACGAAUAUACUUUAUUCAUACCGCUUUGGUUACCUAAAAUUAGCACCAUUAACCGCUAAUGAGGAUACUUCGCAGCAUUUGACUCAUCUAUCAUCCGGAUUGGUUUCGCCACCAAUAUCAAUUCAUUGGUUAUGGACUAUAAAUAAUCCACAAUUUACAUCAUCAUCCUAUUCACAACAGGAUGCAGAAAGUAGAAUGCAAUUCGUCUCAACUAAAGCAACCGAAAUCUGUCAUGACUGGUUCGCAGAAGACGGAGCGCAAUAUAAUUUUAUUCGCGAUACGGAAACCAAUGCAUCUUGUCCAUGCGUGGAAAGUCAAGCACGUGUGGAUAUUGGUCGUUUUAUGCCGCAUCCUCGUUGUUCUCAGAUAUUUCGUGAUAUCACUUGUCAAACAAUGAUCGGUGCAAAGAAUUGUUAUAUUAGUGCUCAGAAUAUUUAUGGUUCAUAUGCUGGUGAAGGUUCAGGCUAUGAAAGUGAAAAAACAGCACGUUUCCAAACGCAUUAUGGACAAGUAUGCUGUUAUGAUGAAGAGGGCAAAUUGAUGCAAACAACUUAUCAACCGGUGAUAAAAGUGACCGAUGAUACACCGUAUAAUCCUGGCUUUCCAUUACGUGCCUAUGAAUUCGGUACCGAUCCAUAUAUUGGACAAUUUGAGGUACCAGGUCUAUCCGUAUUUUAUCACGAUUAUAUGCCUUACUUCUUUUGCUGCAAAUAUGCGAAAUUUCGUUGUCAACUAUUUUACUGGAGGCGACCAAGUAGCGGUUGUCAGCAGUAUCAGCCUCCAGCUGUCGGCGAAGCACUUGGAGCAGUAAGCUUCAAUACCAUCGAUAACGAUAAAUUCAUCUUUAAUGAACCAGGAGUGUUCACACUUUUGUAUAUUCCGAAAACCACAACGACGCCAGAAGUACGAAUUCAAGUACGACUGGAGCGUUAUCCGGAUCGUAGAGUUGAUUUCAGCUUACUUGGACGUCAAAUAGGACAAGCAAACUUGGUGCAACCAACAAAUGCAACUGUUAUUACUGGAGUAGCCAUCGAAGCAACUGGAACCGAUCGAGUGCACGUGGUUGCUCGUAAAGAUACCCGCCGUUUCCGGUAUCGCACGAGCAUUAUUGUUGGCAAUAUACUCCGCUACUUCGAUGUUAUGCGAAUUCAGCGAUUCAGAGGUGUAAUGGUUUAUGUAAACAAUGUGGAACGGGGUCAACCGGAAGUUUAUGUGGUUCUGGAAGAAGCACAAGUUGGAAUUCGUAUUCGUGAAUCAUAUAAUCUUGAUAUUGAUCGUCUAUCGAUGUAUCAAGAAAGUAUGGGUUUACUUGACAUUGAACUUAGUGUACCUCCACAAUACGGUGUGCGCCCAGAUGGUGAUAAAGCUCGGGAACAAGAUAUGCGUACACGAUAUAAUCUUCCACGUGUAUCCGGUCUUAUGCGACCAUUUCCGGACCAGACAUCUGCUUCCUAUUUAUCUGGUUUGAGUUUGAAUGACGUUAAUGCAGAAGGAAUCCGUCAGCAAAUUAUUACGAAUUAUCUUAUUCCGGGUACCGGUGAACCAAGUACCAGGCAAACAAUGGGUGCUUUGAAUCAGAAUAUUCCAACCGACAAUAUGUUCACAACCAGUCAGGAUAUAGAUAAAAAAUUCGAAGUAUUUCCGGAAGUAUACAUAAAAAGUGAACCGAUCUAUAAAACUUCUCCAGAAUAUGAAACGUAUGUUUAUCCAAUAAUUUCGCAUCAAUUUCUGCUAUUAUUGCCAUAA